GGGAAUCUCACAGAGGUGGAGCUUGUGGUAAAACCUAGAUCUGAAUAAUAAAAAUCUAAGCUUCUGCGUUUACCUACUGCAGCAUGUGACUAAUUAUUUGCAUUAUAUUCAUAUUAAAGCCUAUUGCAAUUGUAUUGCCCUGAUUUCUGACUCUUUUUCUGUCAAUGUUGGACUAUUGUGAAAGUGGAUGGCUGCUGGUGAUUUAUUUUUUGCUAAAUUUAUAAUUCUUAGCGCAUUUGGAAAGUAUGCUUAAAAACCCGUCAUUCAGCGGACUUUCCAGGGGAUGUUUGUGAAUCAUCAGUAGAAAAAUGAUUUUGAUUAUCACUAUCCGCCUUUCUGGCCGCAAAUCUUCAUAUCAUGUGCAACCUUAACUCCAUAUUUAGUUUUAGAUGUUUCUGAAUGAUAGUUUGAGAGUUUUGCGAUUUUCUGCUAGAAAGCCUAGAAAAUUGAGAUUUUUUCAAACGGGAUUCCCUGUUACUGGUAAAAACAUAUAUUUAUGUGUUUUGAUAAAUUUCAACUGCAUAUACACAACCUAUAAACUUUGAAUAAGACUGACUAUACGGAUUUGCUGCAUCUAUUUUAGGCCUCGAGGUUAUACGAUAGAUUGCAGGUUUUUGAAAUAAAUCAAUGCCAGUAGUAUGGUUAUUGCAUAGCUAUUAAAUAUUCAAAAUGAACGCUUGGAUUGAUUAAUGCAUCAAAAAGGAAAUGUUCGACCUGUUUUUGGCACGCUUCUGAUGCUGUGCGGUGAGAUGCUUUCAAUGCAAAUUCAGCUUUACCAAUAAACUGCUUGAAAACCCUUCUUCAUACACAUUAAUUUGCCCUUUGAAUGCAUUGUAGGGCAAAUCACUUUCGACCAAGCUAGAAAAUCCAUCAUAUUUUUAUAAAGUAAUUAAUUUAUUUGAAGAAAUGUUAAGAACCGAGCAUUCAAAACAACAACUCUACUAGUACAUUGCCAUCUGUUCCAGGGUUCUUUAAUUUGUAAAAUAAAGUCAAAUACAACAUUCACUAAUGAAAUAAUGAAUACGUCCUUGAUGUUAUUCAUAUCAGUUUAAUAACAUUUUGAAAAAUAAAAAAUGGGUUAACUGCUGAAACUCUCAUUUGGCUGCAGGGUUUGCAAAAGACUAGCCCAAGUUAGGCUCAUUCCUAAAGGAGUUGAACUUGAGAGUAUGGAGUUUUCUACUAGAGGAUUCAUUGUGAUCGCGCAAAGCGCACUGAUUUGCUACUUGACAUUCACCUCGACAAACUGUCACAUCUUGAGACUUCACUGUAAAAUGUUCGCAAACUUUUCUGUAAAAGUUGAAGGUCAUCUGCUUGAAGGCUUCACGAUUGCCCAGCCUGAGUAUGUGGACAUUCAUGAAUGUUUUGGGCACUGCCUUCACAAUCCAUGGUGCAGAUCUGUAAAUGUCAGAAUACUUGGAAGUAGGACAUGUCAACUCAACAGCAGAACAAUUCUUAAUUCAACAAACAGUUCCCUACUUUUAAAGGAUCAAAACUGGGAUUUCUACACUACAGACUAUACCGAAAAACUGAUCGGUCAGAACUGCAAAGCAAGAAAUCCUUGCCCUGUGAAUAAUUUAUGUAUAGACACUUGUGACUGCCCCGGAUAUCAAUGCAUUGAAAACAACCUGGGCGCCAGCAAUGGGGUCAUAGAUGCUGGUGUUUGCGCAAGUAACCCUUGCAAGAACGGGGGUACAUGUGUAGAAGUUGCAAAUCAAUGGCUGUGUAAUUGCAGGCCUGGUUUCAUUGGAGCAGUUUGCUACCCAGAUUGUGGGCAAACCUUGACAGGAUCUUCAGGUGUAAUUGCAAGCAAGAACUUCCCUGAGUUGUAUCCACGGCAACACAAAUGCACUUGGAAGAUAGACGUGGGUACUGGCUUUAAAGUCAAGCUGGAAUUCCUUUCUUUCAAUGUUGAAGAAGAUACUCAUAAAUGUUAUGACUAUGUAAAGAUUACUCAAGGUUUGUCAAACUCUCAAAUUUUGAUGGAAUGCGGAACAGAUUUACCAGGUACAAUUACAUCGACAGAUUCAACUGUUCAGAUAGAUUUUUAUAGUGAUAACGUGAUAGCGCGCACGGGCUUUGAGUUGAUAUGGAGUAAGAUAUAAAGAAAAGAAUAUAAAGCCAACAGGAAAACUUCAAGCUUUAUAAAAAAGAAGACAUUAUUUGUAUCGCAAAGAAGAAAAGAAUGGACUUCCAAAUUUAAAAACAAUUGUGGUGAAGACAAUACUUCAAACAAGUCUCAUGUAGAUGUAUAUUAAUAUAUAUAUUUAUAUAUAUAUAUUUAUUUAAAUUGAUAGAAUUUGCACAAAAAUCACCUAAUAAAUACCUACCAUUUAGAUAAAACAAAAACAAAACAAAAACAAUGAAUCCGGAUCAGAUGAAAUCGAUAAUUGUUUUCUCUUCGGUUAACCUUAAAUUGCAAGUAUAUGUAUAUGUGAAUAUGCUACUACUAUUGUACACUUUUAUGCUAUUCAAGAUUUGAUGCACUUGAAAUGUAUUUGUUGCAAUAUUUACAUGAUCAAAUAGAAGCAAGAUCAAGAUUACAAAAAAUUUUCAAAAGAAAAUAAUAAUUACAGGAUUGCAGUUUUUUACCAAUCAGAAAAAUUCUAGAGAAGUACGCGAUGCAGUCUCACUUGGAAGGUAAACAAUGUAUGUGAUGCAAUCUCACUUGCAAGGUAAACAAAUUAUGUGAUGCAAUCUCACCUGUAAGGUAAACAAAUUAUGUGAUGCAAUCUCACCUGUAAGGUAAACAAAUCAUGUGAUGCAACCUCAUUUACAUUGUAAACAAAGUAUAUGAUGCAAUCUCAUUUACAAGGUAAACAAAGUAUAUGAUGCAAUCUCAUUUACAAGGUAAACAAAUUAUGUGAUGCAAUCUCACCUGUAAGGUAAACAAAUCAUGUGAUGCAAUCUCAUUUACAUUGUAAACAAAGUAUGUGAUGCAAUCUUGCUUGCAAGGUAAACAAAUUAUGUGAUGCAAUCUCACCUGUAAGGUAA